GAUUUCUGAAUACAUUCUAUCGGUGAAUCCCACUGGUCACACUGCUAUGAGCUAAAAAAGUAAAUUUUAGUGAUAAAAUUGCAAUAAAAAAACGAAAUAAUAGUUAGAAUUAAGACAGGAAAGCACUCAAUAUUUGCUUUACCAAGGCGCGGGUAAAUAUAACAGAGCAAUAACAUAGACGAAAAGGAAAACAGAAAAAUCCUCAAAAUGUCGGAAAUGCAAAUGGACUGCGCUUUGGAUUUGAUGCGCCGACUGCCGCCGCAGCAGAUUGAGAAGAACCUUAUUGACCUGAUCGACUUGGCUCCAGAUUUAUGUGAGGAUCUGCUCUCGUCCGUGGAUCAGCCGCUCAAAAUAGCCAAAGAUAAGGAGCAUGGAAAGGACUAUCUGCUGUGCGACUACAAUCGAGAUGGUGACUCCUACCGAUCGCCCUGGUCGAAUUCCUACUACCCCCCACUGGAGGAUGGCCAAAUGCCCUCGGAGCGCCUACGUAAACUAGAAAUUGAGGCCAACUACGCCUUUGAUCAAUAUCGAGAGAUGUACUACGAGGGUGGUGUAUCCUCCGUAUAUCUGUGGGACUUGGAUCAUGGGUUUGCCGCUGUGAUACUCAUCAAGAAGGCUGGUGAUGGUAGCAAAAUGAUUCGUGGCUGCUGGGACUCCAUACAUGUGGUGGAGGUUCAAGAGAAGACCACAGGAAGGACUGCCCACUACAAGCUCACCUCCACGGCCAUGCUGUGGCUGCAGACAAACAAGCAGGGAUCAGGUACCAUGAACUUGGGCGGCUCACUGACACGUCAGACGGAGCAGGACGCCAACGUCACUGACUCGUCGCCGCACAUUGCCAACAUUGGCAAGAUGGUGGAGGAGAUGGAAAACAAAAUACGAAACACACUCAACGAGAUCUACUUUGGCAAGACCAAGGACAUUGUGAAUGGGUUGCGCAGCACACAAUCGCUGGCCGAUCAACGCCAGCAGGCGGCCAUGAAGCAGGACCUGGCCGCGGCAAUACUGAGGCGCAACGUCAAGCCCGAAUCGAACUGAGAACUGAGCGGCUGAAGGCGGUAUCAACACCAGCAUUAGGCGUGGCCCACCCGUUCAAUGUGGCCUCCUCAUAAUUCAAUUUCAAUAUACACCUACCAUAGCCCGAUCUAUACGUUACCUUUGAAUACUGAUUUAUGAUUGGAUGUAAAAAUAUGUGAAUUAGCCCAAUUGCUGUACACGAAAUAUUACCCGAAUGCUAUACAAACCAUAAUACACAUUUGGGUAAUAUUUCGUUGAUUAGAGUCGUUAAAUUCCCUAAUACUUACACCCUUUCCAGAACAGAUCACUAUUUUGGCUGCGUAUACUUUGGGCAGCAGAAGCAGACAAACAAACUAAAAUAUUAAAUACGCAUUUCUAGGCAGUAAAUUUGUUAAAUGAGAGAAAUUGUUAAACCAGAUACAUAUUAAUGUAAAUUGCCCGCCCGUUUCACACUGUCUCCCACACCCACACCCACACCUAGGCUCCCAUCCAUACAGUAUCAUGGUUAUUUGCGCUCCACAUUUCACACUUCAGCCAAAACGCCAACUUCGCCGCCCUCAAGACAGUAUCUAUAAGUAUUUGUAUCUUAUUUGUAUAAUGCAUAUUUGUAUCGAAGUCGCGGCAAAUGGCUCCCAACAAUACAUUUCAUUUGCCAGCAGCCUGUUCUUAACUCUUCCGCGAAUAAAUCAUGUGUUUUAUAAAUUG